GGCCCUCAACUCAAAACGCUCCAUGACUCAGAUGUGGCCUCUCUGGUGCCCUAGAACCACCUCCUCUUCCUCCGCCGCCGUCAAGGCGGAAGAGGAACCCGCCACCACUGCCGCCGCCGCCGCGAUUUCCGCCGGUAGCAGCAGUUCGAGAUGCAAUUGCUGCUGUCUGGUGACGAAACUGAUGAGAAAACUGAAGAGGCGCCGCCGUAGCAAACCUCUGCGAUCUUCGAGCCGACGAGGUUCGUUCCAAUGCCGAUACGAUCCGUUGAGCUAUUCUUUGAACUUCGACGACGGAAGAAGUGGAUGCGGAAGCUUGCUAGAUGAAGAUUACUAUAAGUUCUAUGCAUUCUCCUCUAGGUUUGCGGCUAAUCCACAGAGAUCUUCUUCCUGUCCGAUUAUUCCUGUAGUUGCAGGAGGCUCUCACUAGUCGCAGAAAUUAUAUCCUGGCGAGAAGCUAGAACGAAUGUAUAAAGGCCAAAAAAAAAUAGAACGUGAUAUAUCAAUUCCAAUUUCUGUUAGAUCUUAAGUUUCUUCCUUCCUUUAAUUUUCCCAGUUUUUACCAUUUUGACUGGAUUCAUAUCUACAACAUGUGCCUUCAUCAAUGGUAAAGAUGGGUUUAUUAUACUGUACUUUCAGAUUUAUUAGGUUUUCGUUUUCAAAA